AUAAAAAUCAUUUUACGUUCUCGCUCAAGGUCUACACAUUUUACCAAAAAAAUGGCAUUAUUAUAUAGUAAACUGGUUCAGCCAGUCCCUUUAACAUGUUCCAUUGCUCAUAUAAAAAGAAAAAUUAUGCACUGAGAAAUUAUCAGUCACAGUUUGUACAUCGAAAGUAAACAUACAAACCAUCAAAAUGUACAAGAUCUUCCUUCUUGCCGCUGUAAUUGCCAUGGUCGCCGCGCGGCCACAAGAUGGUCACGGUCACGACCAACACCACGAACAACAACAAGAUAAACACCAUCACGAGGAACAAAAUCAUGACGAACACCAUUAUGAUGGACAUCAUCAUGAACAGUACCACCAUGACGACCACCAUGACGACCACCACUACGAGCAGUACCACCAUGAUGAUCAUCACCACGAACAGUCCCACCACGAAGAACAACAUCAUGGAGAGCACCAUCACGAGGAACACCAUGGACACGCCUCCUCCUCCCAGAGCAUCAAGCAGUACCAUGGAAAGGCCACUGAGAAACACGUCGAGUACUAUGCUCAUCCCAAAUACGAAUUCGCGUACAAGGUCGUGGACCCCCACACCGGUGACAAGAAGUCCCAGCAUGAGGCUCGUGAUGGUGAUGUAGUGAAGGGCGUGUACAGUCUGCAUCAGCCUGAUGGCUCUGUCAGGAUCGUGAAGUACCACUCUGACAAGAAGGCUGGAUUCAAUGCCAACGUGCAUUACGAAGGUCACGCCAUUCAUGUCGUUCCUGAACACCACCACUAUCAUUGAUCCUGUUAUUGCUCAACUGUUUAAAAGAUUGUUAUCUAGUGAACAAGGCAUGUGUUGAUUUGUAAAUAAUUUAUUCAUUUAAAAUUACAAUAAUACCUUAUA